CCCCAAGCUGAGCCCCGACCUCCCUGGCUGCAUUUACCCCCACUUCCGGCCCUUGGACACCCGCCUAACCCCUGUGAGACCUUCCUCACAUCUCGCCAUUCAUCCUCGAAUUGCCCUUGGUAAUUAGACUCGGACGCGGGGUAGUAUCUGGUCCGUCUUAGCUCGGACCCAAUCUUGCCGGAUUCCGUUAGCACCUCCGACUUGGGCCGAGAGAUAACGUGGUGGAAAUUCACCCCGCAGACUUUCGAAAUCUCGCCUCAAAAGCUUCGCCGAGCAUGCAGUCGCAGCACGAUAUAUCGGAAGCGGGACCGAAGAUGGUCAACCGCCUGCAACAGAGCAGAUCGCCAUACGUGCGGGCGCACAUGAACAACCCCGUCGCAUGGCAGCUCUGGGACGCAGAGGCCAUCGAGCUUGCUCAGAAGCAUAAUCGGAUGAUAUUUCUCAGCAUUGGGUAUUCGGCUUGCCAUUGGUGCCAUGUCAUGGAGAAAGAGUCGUUCAUGUCCCCCGAAGUCGCGACAAUUCUCAACGAGUCAUUUGUCCCAAUUAAGGUCGAUCGGGAGGAGCGCCCGGAUAUUGACGACAUCUAUAUGAACUACGUCCAAGCGACUACCGGCUCAGGCGGCUGGCCGUUGAACGUCUUCCUUACCCCGGAGCUUGAGCCUGUCUUUGGUGGAACAUACUGGCCAGGUCCAAGUUCCAGCACAUCUCAAGGCCCAGGCACAACAGGUUUUGUGGAAAUUUUGGAAAAAUUGAGCGAUGUCUGGCAGACACAGCAACAGCGCUGCUUGGAGAGCGCCAAGGAUAUCACGAAACAGUUGAGGGAGUUUGCCGAAGAAGGAACCCACUCUCAGCCCACUGGCCGUGAGGAUGAUGAAGAUCUGGACAUUGAACUUUUGGAAGAGGCUUAUCAGCACUUUGUAUCGCGAUAUGACUCCAUCAACGGUGGCUUUGGUCGAGCGCCCAAAUUUCCCACCCCUUCUAAUCUUAGCUUUUUGCUGCGACUGGGCGCAUACCCGAAGCAGAUCCGGGAUAUCGUUGGACAAGAAGAGUGCGAGAAAGCGACCACCAUGGCCGUCACAACUCUGGUGAACAUGGCUCGGGGUGGCAUUCGGGACCAUAUUGGGCAUGGAUUUUCCCGAUAUAGUGUCACGGCAGACUGGAGCCUGCCGCAUUUUGAAAAGAUGUUAUAUGAUCAAGCACAGCUGUUGGAUGUAUAUGUGGAUGCGUUCCGAUUCACCCAUGACCCUGAACUGCUGGGUGCCGUCUAUGACUUGGCUGCUUACUUGACGACCACCCCGCUGCAGUCGCCGACCGGAGGAUUCCAUUCCUCGGAGGAUGCAGAUAGCUACCCUAGUUCCAACGAUACCGAAAAGCGAGAAGGUGCUUUCUACGUCUGGUCGCUCAAGGAGCUCACACAGGUUCUGGGUCCGCGAGACGGUCCAGUGUGUGCACGUCACUGGGGUGUGCUUCCAGAUGGGAACGUUGCUGCCGAACAUGAUCCGCAUGACGAGUUCAUGAACCAAAACGUUUUAUCUAUCCAAGCCACGCCAAGCAAGCUCGCCAAGGAAUUUGGGCUAAGCGAAGAAGAGGUGGUCAAGAUAAUUAAGGGUGGCAAGCAAAAGCUCCGUGACCACCGUGAGAAAACAAGAGGCUGGCCUGAUCUAGACGAUAAAAUCAUUGUUGCGUGGAAUGGACUGGCGAUCGGCGCGCUGGCCAAGUGCAGCGUCUUAUUUGGAGAGAUUGAGAGUUCCAAGGCGUUGCAGUGCCGCGAGGCCGCUUCUCGUGCUAUCAGCUUUAUCAAGGAUCAUCUGUUUGACAAGGCCACAGGAAAGCUGUGGCGCAUCUGGCGGGAUGGCAGCCGCGGUGACACUCCUGGCUUUGCCGAUGACUAUGCAUACCUGACGAGCGGCCUACUCGAUAUGUACGAGGCGACCUUUGACGACAGCUAUCUUCAAUUUGCUGAGCGUCUUCAAAAAUAUCUUAAUGAGUACUUCCUGUCCAAGACAGACGUCACGUCUUCUGGAUAUUAUAAUACCUCGUCCGAGAUGACUCCUGGCAUGCCCGGUCCUCUCUUCCGAUUGAAGACCGGCACCGAGUCAGCUACACCAUCCGUUAAUGCCGUUAUUGCCCGCAACUUGCUGCGCCUGGCAGCCCUGGUCGAAGAGGAUAGCUACCGUACCCUCGCACGACAGACCUGCAACUCCUUUGCAGUUGAAAUCAUGCAGCACCCGUUCCUUUUCGUCGGACUGCUUGACGUUAUUGUGGGACUACAGAUUGGCACUCGCACCGUGACUGGCGUAUUCAGCACCGCUGAAAUCUCCCCAUCAACUGCCAGCCGCGGUGAAAGCCUCCUCAGUCGAAAUGACGAGCCCAUGGUAGCGCGUGACCUCAUCGUGCAGCGAGUCCGGGCCGAGGCUGGUGCCGGCCUAUGCCCAACUCUCGCCGUUGCCUCACUGGUCGAUAUCCGACCUUCACAUCUGAAGGACUUUGUGGGUAACCAGUCCUUCUGGCUCAAGUCUCGGAACUCUCUGUUCAAGGACUUGAAAGCUGGUGAUCCCGCUAAGAACCAGCUGUUGAUCUGUGAGGCGGGGCGAUGUAGAAUCGUGGAUAUUUAGAGUGAUCAUCUAUCUUUUUUCUUGUUACUUUUGAUUGUUUGGAUUUGGUGGGUAUACUCUUGAUUCAUUUGGAGUACUUUUUUUUGGUCAUUGUUUGUGAUACUUGCGCUGGACAACGGGGUCCUCGUGUUUCUUGGGUGAAUGCCGGGGUCACUCUUGGGCGGACCAAAUUGAAUGCUCUUGGUAGAGGUUGGUAGAUGGAAUAGAAAUGUAACUAGCCUGACAUGGCAUCUCCUUCAAUAUGUUAAGUUGUGCCUAUGAUAUGGAG